UGAAGAUAUUUUACAUUUCAUCUAUUAUGGUAUCAGAGCGGUGAGCAAAACGCUCCACCGUAACCGUAUCUUCAUUCCGUCGUAACUGAAUCUCCGAUCUUCGUUUUUCCGAUCAAUCUUCACCUUCAUCAUCAUUGAUUCCGAUCUCUGGAAUCUCCAUCGCUUCCGCACUCAUCAUCUUCCAUCACAUCUCUUCGAGCUCUCUCGUCUUCCUGCAUAACUCCGAUCAGUCUUCUCCAGCUCCGGUUAUAUUCAUAUCGAAGCUCCGAUUGAUCAUCCAUGGGGAAACGAAAGUGUAACUCGAAGUAUCGCACCUCCACUCCAUCUCAGGCUGAGGAUGACCUCACUUCUCCUCGUAACAAUCAUCGCAACGCAGAUCUCUCUCCCGAAGGCUCUGGAUCUUCGAAUCGAGCUGCUGAUCUUCGUCCUCUCAAUCCAGCUCCGGCUCAAUCUCGUCCUUUUGAGGUAUCGGAUUCUCCCGAUAAUCUUCAUAGUCCGUAUCACUUGCUGAACUCAGAUCAUCCUGGUUUAGUCCUUGUAUCGGAAUCUUUAGACGGAUCUAACUAUGGAACUUGGAUUGUUGCGAUGACCACUAGUUUAGAAGCUAAGAACAAACUCGGAUUUGUUGAUGGCUCAAUCCCUAAACCGGAACUAUCAGAUCCAUACUACAAGAUCUGGUGUAGAAUCAAUAGUAUGCUGAAAUCUUGGUUGCUCAACAGCGUUACUAAGAAGAUUUACACUAGCAUCUUGUACUUCUCUAUGGCUGCUGAUAUGUGGAAGGAUCUUCAUACUCGCUUUCACAAGUCUAAUCUCCCUAGAUUGUACAAGCUUCGUCACCAACCCUCUCUGCGUCAAGGUACUAUGGAUUUAUCCUCUUAUCAUACUCAGACGCAGACGUAUUGGGAAGAAUUGUCCAGUAUUCAAGCUCCUGCGACUACAGUUGAAGAGCUAUUGGCUCAGAGGGAAACAAAUCGAGUUAUUGACUUCCUCAUGGGGCUUAAUGAAAGCUAUGAUCAUGUUCGAAGUCAGAUUCUCAUGAAGAAAACUUUGCCAUCUCUCUCUGAAGUUUUUAAUAUUCUGGACAAUGAAGAUUCUCAACGCUCUGCUCGCAUUUCUCCUUCAAGUGGUGUUGAGUUAUCAGCUUUUCAAGUCUCAGGCAAUCAAGGAAACUCUCAGUAUCAGAAAGGAAGACCUGUUUGUACUCACUGUGGUGCUUUUGGACACGUUGUGGAUCGUUGCUAUAAGAAGCACGGUUUCCCUCCUGGUUUCAAAUCAAAGUUUCAGAAGCCACACAACGGUCAGCAAACUGCAUCUGCGAACAUGGUUGCUAUUCCCGAUACAUCUGAGAUGAUUUCUCAAUCUCAGCAGUCUGUGACUCCUGUUGGAAGCCAGAUAAAUGCUACUUCUCCCGUUGCUCUCACUCCAGAUCAGAUGCAACAGUUCAUUGCCUUCUUUAGUACUCAACUUCACAAUCACAGCAUUACUCCACACACCCCUUCGCAAGAGGGUUUCGUUGCCUCCACUUCAGCUGUAUCAUCAACUCCAAAAGAGUCUGGUACAUUCCUUUCUCUUUAUCAACCUACUCCUUUUUGCAUGUCUUUCGUGCUUGCCUCUGGAGAUGCUCCACUUCCUGAUGACUCUUGGAUAAUCGAUUCAGGCGCAACUCAUCAUGUUUCACAUUCAUCCUCUCUUUUUUCCCAACUAACUCCCCUUUCUGACACUUUGUCACUCUUCCUUCUGGACGAUCAGAGAGCAUUGUUGCUUUACUUCUACUUCAUGCUUCAUACAGGAUCUUACACGGGAAUUGAUGAUUGGCAAGGGUAG